AUGGCGUGUCUUGUCCCGCACGGUAACUCCGGAUUCUCUCCACAACCCGUUUCAGUUUCUUCCAAAUCAUCAAAAGGGUUUCAUCCCAAACCCGGUUUUUUUAAAUUCCCAUCUCCCAAAACCCUAAACCCAACUAGGGUUUUCAAAGUCAGAGCUGAACCAAAAGAUAAAUUUCAACACUACUUUGAGAAUCCAGAUUACGACAAGAAAUAUGGAUUCUCUGAAGAUAUAGAUUCGUUCAGAAUCCCUAAAGGUUUAUCUGAAGAAACGAUUCGAUCGAUAUCGAAACUUAAAAAGGAACCUGAUUGGAUGCUUGAGUUUAGGUUCAAAGCUUACGCCAAGUUUCUGAAACUGAGAGAACCUAAAUGGUCAGAUAAUACAUAUCCUCGUAUUAAUUUACAGGAUAUGUGUUAUUACUCUGCUCCUAAAAAGAAACCAACUCUGAAUAGUUUAGAUGAAGCUGAUGAUGAUAAUACUCAGCUUCUUGAGGUUUUCGAUAGAUUAGACGUUCCUUUAACAAAAAAGAAGUGUUCGGGUAAUAAAGUUGCGGUUGAUGCGGUUUUCGAUAGUGAAUCGGUAGCUACCACUCAUAGGGAUACUCUAGAGAAGUCAGGUGUAAUAUUCUGUUCCAUGUCGGAAGCUAUUAGGGAGUAUCCGGGUUUGAUUAAGAAGUAUUUAGGAAGAGUUGUGCCUAGUGAUGAUAAUUACUACGCGGCUUUGAACUCCACUGUUUUCAGCGAUGGAUCGUUCUGUUAUGUUCCGAAAAACACGAGAUGUCCGAUGCCUGUUUCGACUUAUUUCCGGAUCAACGCGACGGGGACUGGUCAGUUCGAAAGAACUUUGAUUGUUGCUGAAGAAGGGAGUUUUGUUGAGUAUCUAGAAGGCUGCACUGCUCCUUCUUACAACACGAAUCAGCUUCACGCUGCUGUGGUUGAGCUCUAUUGUGGGGAAGGAGCUGAGAUUAAGUACUCAACGCGCGGUCUUUGCGCGGGAGAUGGUUCCAAGAUCUCAUGGACUCAGGUUGAGAAAGGGUCGGCAAUAACUUGGAAGUACCCGAGCGUGGUUUUAGAAGGUGAUGGUUCCGUUGGCGAGGCUGAGAAUGCUAAAAAUACUUCGACUUGUGACUCAAUGCUUAUCGGUGACAAUGCAGCUGCUAAUACCUAUCCAUACAUUCAGGUAAAGAAUCCAUCGGCUAGAGUAGAGCACGAAGCGAGUACCUCAAAGAUUGGAGAAGACCAGCUUUUCUAUUUCGAGCAGAGAGGAAUCGAUCAUGAGAGAGCAUUAGCGGCAAUGAUCUCUGGAUUCUGCAGAGAUGUUUUCAACAAGUUGCCUGAUGAGUUUGGAGCCGAGGUUAACCACCUUAUGAGCAUUAAGCUUGAAAGAUCAGUGGGUUGA